AUGUUGCUUCCCAGCACAGUUGCCUUUGCUCUAUUAUCCGGUCUCGCACUGGGAUCUUCCAGUAGACCUCGCCGAUGCGUUAUUCCGGCUUCAAACACCACCUCUGAUGACUCUGCAACCGUCAAUGGAGUCUUCGCCAAGUGCGCUACGGACUCUGUGAUUGUCUUCCAGGAAGGCGUUGACUACAACAUCUUCAAACCCAUCAGUGCAACAAAUCUCAGCAACGUUGAAAUCCAAAUGAAAGGAAAUCUCCAUUUGCCGCAGAGUAUCACCGAGAUCCAGCGCAUUGUCAACGGUACGAGCGGGACUCUUUACUCAAAUGGCCAGUAUUGGUUCACCUUUUCUGGUCCUCAUAUUGACUACGUCGGCUCAUCCAACGUCAACAAUGGAUGGAUCAAUUCCUAUGGCCAAGCCUGGUGGGAUGCUAAUCCCGUCAAUGGCACUGGAAUUGCCUCGCGGCCUCAUCUGAUGAGUUUCAAAACAACCGAUGGAACUUUGAAGUAUUUCAAGUCGCGGAAGCCCAUCGCCUGGAAUGUGCAACUGAAGGGUGACCACAUCGAUGUUAGCCACGCUUUCAUUGAUGCCGAGUCUACCGGGUCGUUCCCCUUCAACACUGACGGAUUUGAUGUAACUGGCACAAACAUUCGAAUUACCGACAGUGUGAUUUAUAAUGGUGAUGAUGCCAUUGCUGUGCAAGAUGGCUCUCACAAUGUGGUCUUCGAGCACAACACCAUUGGCUACCAGAGUCACGGUAUGAGCAUUGGGUCCUUGGGCCAGGAUCAAUCGGCUUUUGCCAAUGUUUCCAACAUCCGCUUCGAAGAUGUCACAGUAAUUGAUGCUGUCUAUGCUGCCCGAUUCAAGUCUUGGAUCGGUGGCCAGGGACUCGUCAAGAAUGUUAGCUGGAAGAACAUUCGCGUCUAUAAUGUUACUUUCCCCAUCUUCGUGACGCAGAGCUACUUCAACCAGGGCUCGUCGCAGACUCAGCUCGGCAACGGUGUGACCACAGGACGAGUCAACAAUGCAUCUGUUGAAAUGGAAAACUUCACCUGGUCGGACUUUACGGGCUCGGUCAAUACCUAUCGACCUGGUGAUGGAUCUUGUGCGUCGGAUCCUUGCUGGUAUAAUGUUGGACUUCCCAACCUGAAGCAUACCGAGGCAGUCAUCAUUGAGUGCAAUACCAACACUUCCUGCAAGAACUUCGAAUUGAGCAACAUUCAAGUCAUCCCACAGAGUAUGGUUGAGCCGACGGUGAUCUGCAUCGAGGCCACUGCCGCGCUGAACCCGCAUCUCGGAUUUGACUGCAAGAAUGGCACCUUCGUUCCUUCAUGA